GCAUGGUGUCUGCCUUAACUCUCUCCUGCUCCACGCUGUGGCUUUCCUGGGCUUAUUUUAGCUGAAACUGUCUGCAAUUCAAACUCUCUUAUGUGUUUUGCUCUGUUUGUGACCUGUUACUGAUAUCUGCAGAAUGCCUGUUGCUCUUUAGAGGCCUGGUGUCUGUGUUCUUAUAAACUGGUCUGCCUGGAGGAUCAGCUUCAGAAUUCCCUGCAGGAUUUGUUCCACAAAAUCAUAAACUGCAGGUUGGGCUUAUUUCCAAAAUGCUCCUUUCAGAAUAAUAUCGUAUACCCAUCAAACCGAUAACUAACCAGUCACACGUACUGGAGGAACACGGCGCUGCCAGCUCAUAAUAACUGCCAUAAUGAAGAUGAAAGGUUCCCAAGUGGAAGAACCGAGGCAAAGAAAACAAAAUAAUCUCACUGAAAAAGAGGAAACGGCAAACCAUGAGAAAAACAAAGAUAACGAGAAAAAAGAGAGGUUACAAAAGUAUAUUAUGCUGAAGAGGUUUACAAAACUUUUCAUUGGAUGCCUGGGGGCAGUUAUAAGUGGCAUGAUGUAUGCAGUUUAUCUUUCCACCUAUCAUGAGCGCAAGUUCUGGUUUUCCAAUAGGAGGGAUAUUGAACGAGAAAUUACGUUUCAGGGUGCUGGCGCUGUGUAUUAUUCCUUCUAUAAAGACAUGCUGAGGGCGCCUUCAUUUGAGAGAGGUGUGAUUGAGCUGGCCUACAACAACCGUACCGUACCGCUGAAGACCAUAAACGCAGUACAGCAGAUGACUCUAUAUCCAGAGCUAAUAGCGAGUGCCCUGUACCAGAUGUUUGGCGGCCAAGGUGUUGUUGAGCCAGUAUAUUUCUACAUCGGGAUCCUGUUUGGCUUGCAAGGAAUUUAUGUGAGCGCAUUGUUUGUGACCAGUUGGAUUAUGAGUGGAACAUGGCUGGCGGGCAUGCUUACUGUAGCCUGGUUUAUCAUUAACAGGACAGAUACCACCAGAAUCGAUCACUCCAUUCCUCUACGAGAAAACUGGGCGCUGCCAUAUUUUGCAUGUCAAGUUGCUGCUCUUACUGGCUUUUUAAAAAACAACAUCAGUUUAUCAGCAGAGAAACUCUGCUACUUGUUCAUGAGUGCUUCCACAUAUGUCUUCAUAAUGAUGUGGGAGUACAGCCAUUACCUGCUUUUCCUGCAGGCUUUGGCCCUCUGCCUUCUAGAUGGUCUAUCCCUGGUACCAAAGGAAAAAGUGCAAGAUGUGCACAAGAUGUACAUAUUCUCAGUGCUUGUGGCGUAUCUGUUCCAGUUUGAGAAUUAUGCAAUGUUAACAUCUCCAUUACUUAGCCUUGUAAUAGGCUCCAUGAUAGCUAAAAGUCUUCAGAUCAGUAUGAAGACGGGCACGUUUAGGGCGAAGGUGAUGAAGAUCAUGUAUUUUUAUUUGGCAUUUACUAUAGCAGUGUCACUGCACUUUUUAAUAAGGACAGUGGUUCCUCCUAACGAUAACAAGCAACUUCUUCGGUUCCUUGAAGUGAGAUUUGGGCUGAACAUGUCAAAAAAUUUCACCGUGAAUUGGAUGCUGUGCCAGGAAUCCUUCCAGCCUCCGUCACCGGACUACCUCUUAAGGCUAACCAAGUCUUCACUCUUGCCUUUCUAUAUUAUGGUGUUGUUUAUCUGUAUGUGCUCUGUAACUCAGGCCAUCAUUAGAAGACUCCGUGGGGCUCCUGUAAGCACUGAUAACAAAGUGGAGGAGGGUCGAAUAGGGGAAAGGCCAGAAGUGAUCUACCACGUGGUACAAACCAUUUUGCUGGGCUCUCUUGCCAUGGUAUUUGAAGGAAUGAAGUAUCUGUGGACUCCCUACGUCUGCAUGCUGACUGCUUUUGGCUUGUGCUCUCCUGAACUUUGGACAACACUAUUCAAGUGGAUUCGGCUUAAAUCGGUGCAGCCUGUUUUGUUGGCUUUUGUUUUAAGUGCUGCAGUUCCCAUGGUCAUCGGUUUCAGCUUGUGGAGAGAGUUCUUACCCAGGAUACUUGCUGAGCUCUCAGAGCUGGAGGAACACUAUGAGUCUGACACAGUUGAACUCAUGAAAUGGAUAAGAACACAAGCUCCUAUAAAUGCAGUUUUUGCCGGAAGUCCAGCAAUAAUGGGUGUGAUCAGACUGUGUACAGGUUGGAUGGUGACAAGCCUGCCAGUUUAUAAUGAUGAAGAUCUCAUGAGACGGAAUGAAAACCUCUACCAGAUCUAUAGCAUGCGCUCAGCGGAAGACAUUUAUAAGAUCCUCACCUCCUAUAAAGCCAGCUAUGUGGUGAUUGAAGAUUCCAUCUGCAAUGAAGUUGGAGGGAUAAAGGGCUGCAGAGUGAAAGAUCUUCUGGAUAUUGCCAAUGAUCACGUGAUUAAUGAAGAUGGUGAUGUCUAUGCCUACUCUAAGUACGGCCGAUUUUGUCAUGAAAUUAAAAUGAACUAUUCUCCAUACAUCAACUAUUUCACGAGAGUAUUCUGGAAUAGGUCCUAUUUUGUGUACAAGAUCAACACGCUGAUAUCGUUCCAGUACUGACCAGAGACCUUUAUCUCUGUUCUAGAGCAACUCGGAUAUCCUCACACUUCAGUCACUUUGCUAAGUAAGGGUGCGGGUGUCCUUUAAAGGAAAACUUCCAUGGGUUCUGUCAAACAAAGGUGCCAUGAUCGUUUUUAUAUAUGUGCAUUGCCCACCAAUGGCCAAUAAUUGCAGCCAACUGGAAGAGUCAAGAACCAGCAGAGGCCCAAUUCAGCUGCUGCUAAGAGAUGGCCCUCGUCUGUCUCACAGAACAUGCAACUGAAUAAAUGACUGGUUUUAGCUUUUUUUUAUUUUCUUCUAUGGAUUUUAUAUCUUGAACCUUUAUUAUGUUGAUCUUUCCAGACCUGUAGGCCAAUUUUUUUUUUUUUUUCCUUUAAACGAAAAUAAGAUGUUUAGAGAUGACCCGAUGCACUGAUCCAGCACGUUUCUGAGUAUUUGGGAAACGGUAUGAUUUAAGGCACUGAUAUGGUAGUGCUGGCCAAUGCCAAACUGCCACCCCUGCUGUUAUCUUCUCCGGUAAAACAAGUCUGUCUAUAUAUUUUAACAUUUGAAAUAUUUAUGUGGCAAUGCAAAUUUUUUAAUCUUACCUUAUUAUUAUUUUUUUUU